UAAACUAGAUCCCGGAAAUAUGUAAAAAAGUUUGAGUUAACUCCCGCUCUCCGGUUAUUUGCUGUCAUGUUACCAUAACAAUGGACAGAAGCAAAUUGGACAAAAUCAUUACACGUUUCCAGGCGCGUGCGCGCGGAUACCUCACGAGAACUGAAGUGCGGCGCGCGCGUGAGGACUUUGAGGAGAUCGUAAGGGAGGUAGAAGGAGAUCUGACCUAUUUAAGGUGGACUGAUACGACUUUAUCCAUCCCACACUUUACAGACACAGAUGGAGCAUGUCUUCAACCUGCUAGACGUUUACUGAAGCCACCAGACCCAGAACUAGAUGUCAGUACUUCCCUGAGUCCAGAUUCCCUAGAUGAGGAGGGACAGGAGCGCUGUGUCCAACCGGAGAGGGUUGGGAGGGAGGAUUGGUCCAGUAUUCCCCUGAGAUGUGAUGGAGGGAUGAUGGAGAGCACAAGAAGGUCCUCCAUCGUCUGGAGCAGUCCAGAGCUGGACAAUAACGUUUACCCUCAGAAAGGUUUUCAGCAGUACUGCCUGGCGCAGGAGGUGCCCCGAACUUCAGACGCGCUGCGUCUCCAUAGAAACACUUUGACCAUGGAGCUGGUCUGGCUCCAACAGGCUAUUGACAGCAGGAAGAAGUACCUAUCACUGAAGGACAGACUUCACAACGUCGAACUUUUGGCUCCUGACUCACUCUAAUAUCAUCUGAGUUGAAAAUUAUUUCCAUUUAUUAUUUAUGAUGUAAUAUAUAAUGUAGUGCAUCUAAAACAUGCAUGUAAAAGGAAAUAAAUUAUAUUUUUCUACAAAGAUAUCUCUGCUUCAUCUGAUGGGCUGUUUGUAAUGAUAUUUUAUUAUUUUCCACCAGUUUGUCAGCAAAGUAGCUCAUUCAGCUAAAUUCAAAAGCUAAUCUUUGGUAAAACCUGUAUGUUUAAUUUUGAUCAAGUGUGAAAAAUGAAGUUAGAAAUGAUAAUUUAGGAGGUGUGUUGUGUAAUUGUUCCACCUUAAAAGAACAACGGUUUGCAAAUAUCUUUAAACAAAGCCUGAAACAAUUAAUUAUGUUAAUUGUCAACUAAUUUAGUAAUCAAUUAAUUGUGAAUUGGAGUAUAGCGUCUCAAAUAUAUGCCAUUUGCUGAAACAAAAAACAACAUAAUGAGAGCAGCAAGUAAGCUAAAACUGUACAAAAAAUAAAUACAUUUUUAAGAUAAGAAAAAUGCCUGUAAAUAUGUUCUAC